CAUAGAAAAUUCAAUAAACUGACUUCAUGCAUUUUGUUCACUCUAUAUAAUAAAGACUUAAAUCUAAUAAAUUAAACAAAGUUUCAUAAAUUCUUCCAAAACAAACCAACAGCUGCCUCCAUGAUCCACCUGUCUGCAGGGAUGUUCAAUAAAUCGAUGCAGAGAAAAGUUUCAAAGCGGCAAAAGCAAAGAGGAUCUUUGACCGCUUCCUCUGGUGACCUCAGAGCGCCGCCGUGGUUUGAACUGGAGCUCGGUUGAAGGUCACCUGACCUGCUUUUGCUUUCCUGCAGUGUGUUUGAGGCUCAAACAGCAGAGGAGGGACGGCCCCCCGGUCCUCAGGAGCACCCCCGGACGCGGGUCACCUCAGUGUUCAGCAAAACCCUCCCUGUGUUCGGAUGAUGACUGGGUUUCUAAAUGCCCGUCCGGCUGCAGACUGCAGGGUUUGAUGUCUCAAAUGGAAAUGGACGUGGACAGAAAACUGCAGACAGUGUGUGAAACAGCAAAGACGUUGGAGGAAGCAGCUGAGAAGUCGAUGGCGAGGAUGACGCAGGUCUACAACUCCCAUCGCAGAGUCAUUGUCAGCAGAUACGUGAGUGAGCAGAAGUUCGCGGCUCGUGCCGACGUCCUGGCAAAGAAACUGACAUCACUUCAGGAAAAAUCGAAGGUUCUGGAUGUAAAAAUAAAGGAGUUGAGAAGCAAGGUGAAGAAACAGGUGGAGGAGCUGUACCGAACGGAGGUGGACGUUGACAUGAUGUUACGGGCGUGCGGUGGUUCCUGUCCAUCCAGAACUCCGUUCAGCGUCGAUCAUCACAGCUCCCUUCAAAGUGAAUCCAUGUUGGAGGUUCUCCACCAGAGGAGCAGAGUCUCUCCUCCACCCACAGCUGUGAAAAAGAUCAAGCUACAACCUUUGGAGAACAGCCUGAAACCUUCUACAGACUAUAAGUCCAUCCCGACGGUCCGGAAAGAAGUGCUGACCCAGUUUGAAGACGUUGACCUGAACCGGUUCUCUUUGGAGGGCAAGCUGGACGACUCUGAGGGAUCCAAUGAGGUGGAAUGAACGUCUGAGGACGGGUUUGAAAGUCU